ACCUUCCUAAGUUUUGUGUUGUUCGGGAUCUAACCCCCUGCCUACGAAUGAUCUGUCGUGCACGUCAAAUUUUUGCAUUCUUUCGAUAACAGAAUCCUGUUGCAAUACUUGUACUCUUUGGAAAUUCGUGUAGACUGACCAGAGUCCGCGAAUUUCCACGAGUCGGUCAGGCAGAUAUGACUGAAGCACAUAAUUUUGAAGCUAAUGCUAUCUCUUGUCAUGCAUGGAACAAGGAUGGAAAGGAGGUUGCCUUUUGCCCUAGUAAUAAUGACGUUCAUGUGUAUAAACGUACUCCAGGUGGAUGGAAGGUUCAUGAGAUAUUACAGAAGCAUGAUCUACGAGUAAUGGGUUUAGAUUGGGCUCCUAAUACUAAUCGUAUAGUAACAUGUUCAGCAGAUAGGAAUGCAUAUGUUUGGACCCAAGGCGAGGAUGGAAAAUGGAUUCCUGCUUGGGUCUUACUUAGAACAAACCGAGCUGCCACUUGUGUUAAAUGGUCUCCUCAAGAAAAUAAAUUUGCUGUUGGUACUGGAGAUAGAGUGAUAUCUGUUUGCCACUUUGCAUCUGAGAAUAAUUGGUGGGUAUCAAAGCACAUAAAGCGACCACUGAGGUCUACAGUAACGUGUCUCGAUUGGCAUCCUGAUAAUCAAGUACUUGUUGCUGGUUCUACGGAUUACAAGGUCCGCGUAUUCAGUGCGUACAUUAAGGAUAUGGAAGAAGCGCCAGAACGCGGUGCAUGGGGAUGUCAGCCUAAUUUAGGUAGUCUGCUCGCGGAGUUUCCAAACUCCCCCAAUGGAGGCGGGUGGGUUCAUGCUGUAGCCUUUAGUCCUUGUGGAAAUAAAAUUUGUUGGGUCGCGCAUAAUUCUUCAAUAUGCGUCGCAGAUGCUACCAAAGGCAAUACAGUCGUACGACUGUUCACUGAGCAUUUACCAUUUACUAGUUGUAUUUGGGUGGGAUCAAAUUCUAUAAUCGCGGGGGGUCAUAGCUGUAUGCCUCUGCUUUACUCAGUAGAUGACAAUGGUCAGAUCUACUUUGUAUCAAACUUGGAUAGCAUGCAGAAGAAGGAGACUUCCGGUAUAUCUGCCAUGCGAAAAUUCCAGUCCUUAGAUCGUCAAGCCAGAACCGAAAGUAGUGAGGAUAACCUGGACAGUAUACAUCAGAAUACUAUUACCAGUAUUCGCAAGUUGUCACCAACUGAAUUCAGUACCAGUAGUUUAGACGGGCAGUUGGUCCUGUGGGAUUUAAAGCUCCUGGAGAAUUCCAUCGCUGGCCUGAAAAUUGUCUGAAUUGUUGAAUUUUUGUAUACACUGUCGAAAUUUACAAUACUACAUCGAGUGCGACGAUUUAUGAAUGUUACAAUAAAAAUUACUUCAUUUCGCGUACCCUUA